UGCUUCAGUGCAGGUGCAUCACUCUAAAGCUCGCCUGUUGUGAUUGCUGUUAUUUGUAAUCAUCAGCUACUUAACGUGAGAACCCAUUUUCUUUAACAUGGAGCAGCCUUAUUUAAGCCCAGCAGCUGUCCCACCAGGUUUGGAGUACCUUACACAGAUUGACCAGAUAUUAGUCCAUCAAAAGAUUGAACUUCUUGAAGCCAUUAUUGGCUUUGAAACAAAUAACCAAUAUGAAAUUAAGAACAGCAUGGGCCAGAAGAUCUUCCACGCUAAAGAAAACACUGACUGCUGCACUCGAAAUAUCUGCGGCCCUCUCAGGAGUUUUGAAAUCGAGAUCAGAGAUAAUUUUGAGCAGGAAGUGAUUCACCUGAGCAGGCCUUACCGCUGCACGUCCUGCUGUUUCCCCUGCUGUCUUCAAGAGUUGGAGGUACAGGCGCCACCGGGGAAUCCGAUUGGCUAUAUCAAGCAAGACUGGCACAUGUUCAAGCCCAUGUUCUCGCUGUAUGACAUGUCCAAAACAAAGAUGUUGACCAUCGAGGGGCCGCUGUGUGCCGUCAGCUGCUGUGGUGAUGUGGAUUUUGAUGUAUUGGGUAAAGACGGGAAUCCUGUUGGUCGAAUCAGUAAACAGUGGGCCGGCCUGAUCAAAGAGUCGCUCACUGACUCCGAUAAUUUUGGCAUCAACUUUCCCAUAGACUUGGAUGUGAAGAUGAAAGCAGUUCUGCUGGGAGCGUGUUUCCUUAUAGACUUCAUGUUCUUCGAGCAGACUGGGGACUCUGGACAGAGAUGCAGUGUGUUUGGCUAA